AAUGUCAAUGAUAGAAUAUUACAGCAGGAUUCAAAUGUCUGAGGAGUAGUGGUGAGAGCAUAGGAUUCGCAAUAGAGCGUCAGGUGAGGCCCACCGUGGCCUAUGCACCAUGCACUUACUCCUCCGAGUCCAUAUACCAUUUAGCACAUAACAAAAAUAGUAUAUUAUAGCUAAUAGCGCAUAUCAAAAUAGAAACAAGAAUGAGCCCAAACGUUGGGUGCGUGCGGAAUCACUAACCAGGAAUGACUUGUGGACAAGUGUGGCUCCGUUCCCAGUCUCCCGUGUCAAUUGAUUGCGCCAUGCGAGACCUGCAAGACGACACCGGCCAAUGUAACGCACCCACAAAGCGCCUCCCGACAAAUCCUCACCUUUCCUCAUUUUGUUGUGUGUGUGUGCACCCGAUGAGCUUUGGGUUACUUCAAUCAUCCACCUUUGACCGAGACCUCCCCACCGCUUACCUGUUCGAAUACGUUAAUUGAUGGGGAAUCGAAGAUUUUUGAUGGAGCUUCAGCAGUACCACCGGUCGUCGAAAAAGCCACCUUCUUCUCCUGCAACAUUAUAUAUGCUCCCGUCGCUCUUCGCCCUUCGCCCGUAGUCUCUUCGAGCACCUGUAAGCACAGAGUAAACAGAAGCGAAGGUUCGAGCCGAGGUGGUGUUCUCGCCGCGGGUGCCACGAUGGGGAGGAAGGAAGAGCGACCGGGGCAAGCGUUGGAGGUGAAGAUACCGAGCCUGUUCCGGUGCCCCAUCUCGCUGGACGUGAUGCGGUCACCGGUGAGCCUGUGCACGGGCGUAACCUACGACCGCGCCUCCAUCCAACGGUGGCUUGAAUCCGGGAACACCACGUGUCCGGCCACGAUGCUCCCACUCCCCUCCACCGACCUCGUCCCCAACCUCACCCUCCAGCGCCUCAUCCACCUCUGGUCCUCCUCCGCCGCCCCUGCCCCUCUCGUCCCCCGCCGCCUCGCCAGGGACCUCCUACACGAGCUCUCUUCCGCCUCUAUCGCCGCUGGCGACGAUGAUCCCGUGCCCCCGCUCCUCAAGCUCGCCGAGUUCUUCUCCGCCAACGAUGUCGAACCGAUCGAGAAGAACGACCUCGUCGGUGUCGGCGGAUGCACUUCCGUUCUCGCUUCCAUUCUUGUGCGGAAGGACUCUAUGUUGGAGAGCUCGGUGGCGGUGGCAAGGGUCUUCGCCUUGAUCCUGACCUCCGAUUUCAUCGACGGCUGCAAUAAGAAGAUCGCGAUCGCCGACCUCGUCUCCGAUAUCGACCGAUCGGUUUCGGCUUUGAUUCGAGUAUUGAGGGAUGGCGACAGCUUGGAGUCGCAGAUCGAUGCGGCGAGUGUUCUCGAUGCGAUCAUUGCCGCGUCUGAUUCGGAAUUCAAGGUCUUGAUAGCCGAGAAGGAGGAGCUCGUCAGAGAGCUGAUCCGGCUGAUCGGUCCGUCCGACGAGAAGGGAGCGACUAUGGACCGCCGGGCGGUCGAGGCGGGGCUGGGGUGUCUGGCCGGGAUCUCGGCCGCGAAGCGGGCCCGGCCGCGGAUGGUCCGCGCGGGGGUGGUGCCAGCGCUGGCGCGCGUGUUGAGGGCGGAUCCAGCGGUGGCUCCGCCGGCGACGGCGAGGCGAGCGCUGCGGGUUAUGGAAGCAGCCGCCGGGUGCGCGGAGGGCCGAGCGGCGAUCUGCGAGGACGGGGCAGAUGCGGCGACGGCGGUGGUGGGGAGGAUGGUGAAAGCCGGGAGGGAGGGUGGGGAGGCAGCGGUGGCUGUGCUCUGGAGCGUGUGCCACGCGUUCCGUGACAGGCGGGCGGUGGAAGCGGUGGCGGCGACGGAGGGAGGGGCGACGAAGCUGCUGCUUCUGAUGCAGACCGGGUGCUCUCCGGCGGCGAGAGAAAUGGCGGCAGACUUGCUCAAAAUCUUCCGUGUCAGCUCCAACUGCUUCCUCGCGGGGUACGAUACCAAUACCAUCCAUAUCACGCCCUUCUGAAACAUAAAACAAAAACCAAUCGAUUCUCUCUUGUCGAGUGUUACGAGAAACAUAUUUUGAAAACACAUGUAAAUGGACGCCAAUUUUUGAUAGAUGAAGAAAUCAUACAAAAGAAAUAUCGUGAAUUUUGUCGUGGUCCUUUUUGUUCUCUAAAUUGUGAAAAUAAUUGGGAAACAAUUUUUGUUCUCUAA